AUGGACGUGCGCGUCGUGCUGGAUUCCUUGAACUGGAACACGCAUGAGGCAGAGGCCAAGCGGCAAGAGUAUGCCCUGUCUGGCCUGGAGAUGCCUGUGCAGCUGCUGUGGUUCCGUGUGCGUCAGCGUCUACCAGACGACGAGAGCACGUGCAUCAUGCCGUCCUGGCCUACCAGAGCGAUGCGGGCUUGCUGA